GGGGACGGAGCGGCCGCCGCCGUCGCCACCGCCCCGCCGCCCGCCGACGAGCCCAGCAACCGCAGCCUGCGCCUCAGCGAGCACUGCCAGGCUCUGCAGGCGGCGGCAGCCGGCGCCCAGCCCGGGCUGGUCCCCGGCUGUCGCCCCGCCGAGAGGAGCGGUAGCCAGGCGCAGCCCCCCGUCGGGGAAGAGGAGGAGGAGGCGGCGGAGCCGGCCGGGGGUGCCGGAGCGCGCAGGGGGCCGGGGGUCAGGCCGGAGCGCAGCGAGAAGCUGGCGCUGUACCUGGCCGAGGUGGAGAAGCAGGACAAGUACCUGCGGCAGAAGGGCCGGUUCCGCUUCCACAUCAUCCCCGACGGCAACUGCCUGUACCGCGCCGUCUGCAAGGCGGUGUACGGGGACCAGCGGCUGCACGGCGAGCUCCGCGAGCAGACCGUCCACUACAUCGCCGACCACCUGGACCACUUCAACCCCAUCAUCGAAGGCGACGUCGGAGAGUUCCUCAUCGCUGCCGCUCAGGAUGGGGCCUGGGCCGGCUACCCGGAGCUGCUGGCCAUGGGGCAGAUGCUGAACGUGAACAUCCACCUCACCACGGGCGGCCGGCCCGAGAGCCCCACCGUUUCCACCAUGGUUCACUACCUGGGGCCCGAGGACCCGACGCGGCCCAGCAUCUGGCUGAGCUGGCUUAGCAACGGGCACUACGAUGCUGUGCUGGACCGCCUGUACCCCAACCCGGAGUACGAGGCCUGGUGCAGACAGACUCAGGUACAGCGCCGACGGGAUGAGGAGCUGGCCAAGUCCAUGGCCGUGUCCUUGUCCAAGAUGUACAUUGAGCAGAAUGCCUGCUCUUGAGACCGCCGGGGCCGCGGGCUGGGAGCUUUGCUGCAGGGACUGAGACAGACAGACAGACAGACAGAAGGUGUGCUGGCUGUGAUGGUGAUGAUGCCUUAAUCCUUAACGAAGCAGCAGCAGCAGCACCCCAGACUGCGAAGGACUGUAGACUGUGGGGGAUAAGUACAAAUGUGUUUGUAAUAUUCUGUUGUAAAAACGUAGCCUCGGAAUAUUUGUAGGCAGAUUUCUCCGUGUAUGUUUGUGUCUCUUCUCCCCACCGUCUUCUCUCUUUUCUAUAAGAAUGUAUUUUUUUGCACAAUAUUUUUAAACUGUUACCUCCAUCUUCUACAUCUUACAUUAGUAUCUGGCUUUCAGCUGUAUGGCCAAAAAAACCGUUUGUAAACAGUUUUUGUAAAUAAGGCUUAUGAUGUAACAGCUAUUUUUUGCUGUGUUUUUUACCCAUAAAGCUUAUAUUUUUACCAAAUGAAGUUGAUGUCAAAGUGACCCUCCCGAACUGAUGAAAGCAUCGUGGGUAUUUCCUUUGCAAACCUGAAACAAUGGUUUUUGUAAAAGUGCAGCAAAGUAUGAACAGAGUGCUUUCAGAACAGUUGCUUUCUCUGCCUGGAGCACAGAGCAGGUCCUUUGAGCCAGUUGGAAUGCAGCUACACGUGAACAGUACAGGGAGCAAUUGAACUCCUCUGUAUUUCGUUACUGUUUUGAGUAAACUGGCCUCUUGUUGCCUGGUUGGCUCACCCUCUGCUCCAUUUAUGUUAUUUAUCUGUAAUAACAGAACAUUAACUUGCAAUAGAAUGUUGUGACUAGAUAAUAGUCUCCUGCUUUGGCAAUAAUUGCCUUGGCUGCCACCUCGGUGUUUGUGUUCUUGUUUCUGGGGUUGUGGUGUCUUUUGUAUAAGCCCUGCUUCUUUUUUGGCACUGGUGUUGCACCAACAAAUUUUUAUCUGAUCACAACAUUUUAUUCACUUGAUGUUAUUUUCUAUUAAAGAAAUCAGGAAUGGUGUUCUACAUUAUGGUUUUAAAGAAAAAAAAAAAGUAUUUAAAUUGAGGUUUGUAUGGUUUGCUGGGUCAAACAUUUAAAUGUUUCCAAUCUGAAUUCUGUCUCUUCUACUUUCUGAUUAACUUGUUAGAUAUAUUUAUUAAGUAAUGCAGUUUGUACUUUUUUAUUUUGUAAUAUAUUGUGAUUUUGGAAUUUAUACUGUAUUUGUAUAAUAGGAAUAUUCACAGCUAAAAUGGAAUGAAUAAAGAGUAUAAUUUUA